CCACAAUUGGUGGAAAAGAGGGGUGAGCAUUGAUGCUACGCUCAUGCGCGGUGAGAUUAACUGCCCCAUCUCCUCCGCUACUGCUCUCCUCCCCUCUGUCCGCACCCGCCACCAGGCCCACCCCCGCCUCUCCAAACCCUAUCCUCUUCUCCUCCAUGCCGCCCUCCAUCCGCAUCGCAGUCGUCGGAGACGUCCAUGAUGAUUGGGACCUGCAAGAGGAUUCAAAAGCUCUUCACUUUCUUCAGCCUGACUUGGUGCUGUUUACAGGUGAUUUUGGUAAUGAAAAUGUUGAACUUGUUAAAAGCAUUUCAAAGCUCGAGCUUCCAAAAGCAACGAUUUUGGGUAACCAUGAUUGCUGGCAUACUUACCAAUUUUCUGAGAAGAAAGUUGACCGUGUUCAGCUUCAGCUCGCAUGUUUAGGUGAGCAGCAUGUUGGCUACAAUCAUUUGGAUUUUCCAGCGCUAAAGCUUAAUGUUGUCGGUGGCCGCCCAUUUUCUUGUGGUGGUGAAAGAUUGUUUCGCCCAAGGCUGCUUUCUGCAAGAUAUGGAGUCAAUUGCAUGGAGAGUAGCGCAAAAAGGAUUGUAGAAGCUGCACUGGGGACACCGGAGGGGCAUUGCAUUGUACUUCUUGCUCAUAAUGGCCCUACAGGAUUGGGAUCAAAGAUGAAUGACAUUUGCGGAAAAGAUUGGGUUUAUGGAGGUGGCGACCAUGGGGAUCCAGAUCUAGCUCAGGCCAUAUUGGAUUUGAAGAGAAACACCCAAUUCCCCAUCCCAUUAGUUAUGUUUGGGCACAUGCACAAAGAGCUAGCAUACAGAAGUGGUCUUAGGAAAAUGAUCGUAAUUGAUUCCGAUAACACCAUUUACUUGAACGGAGCCAUUGUGCCGAGGGUUAAAUCCGUAGACCAACAAGCAACUACUAGUUCAGAAAUCUCUACUGAACACUCGGAUACAAAGAACGGUACUUUGCGUGCAUUCACAUUGGUUGAGAUGAUUUAUGGAAUGGUCGAAAAGGUUUCAGAGACUUGGGUAUCAGUAAUAGGAGAAACAACUUCGAUUGCAGAGGAAAUUCUACUGUUCAAGAAACCAUAGUAAGUUUAUAUGCUCAGCUUCCAGUUUAUGCUUGUUUAGCAUGAUCAACUUAUUUAUAUGACAUAUAAACCUUAAAAUCUGUUUUCAGAGAUUAGCUGUUGUAUAUCCAUGCUUUGGCACUGUAUUAUUUAAUUAGAAACAUGAGUUCUACUGCCCUUUCAUGAUAAUCAUCAUGGACCAUUUUUUGUUUU